AUGAAUCGUGGCAAAGCUCAUAGUCUCUGGAGUCACGUCCAAUCUACGUUUAUCCGUCAGCAAUACAGUGGAGUCCCAAAUGACGGACGACGGGGUCAUGAUGAGCACGCCGCACUGGAAAUCCAUCCCUCGACCUUUUCCCUCGCAUCCUUCUCGUCGAAAAUACAAAAGCCACGGGCUUCCUUCCUCAAAUCAAAUCUCGAAUCCAUCGAGGGCCAUACCCUGAUCCAGCAAACCGAUGGCUGGCAGACAACAACAGAGGCCAUCGAGGAUGGUGGCUCACCAUCGAAGGUGGUGGAAAACAACUGGAUUGUUGGAGUACGGUACUGUGCUGCAGCGGGGGCCUGUAUCUUGGCCAUAAAUCUGGUCGUCACAAUCGUUGCAGCUGGAAUAGCGACACGGCAUGGUGGUAAUAGCGCUUGGGGAACCUCCGUAGUCAUUUAUCAAGGCGAUUGCGGCAUCGUCAAACGAUGGUCCCUUGCAUUGCACUUGAUUAUUAACAUUCUAAGCACGCUCAUUCUCGCUGCCAGCAACUACUGCAUGCAAACACUAGUCGCUCCAACACGAGAUGAGGUAGAUGCGGCUCAUGCGCGUGGCGAGUGGCUAGAUAUCGGAGGUGCCAGUAUAAAGAAUCUUCUAGCGAUCGGGAGAGACCGACUUGGGCUAUGGAUUAUAUUGAUGCUGACGGCAUCCCCUUUUCACUUGAUGUAUAACUCCAUGUUCUUCGAAUCGUUGUCCACCCAUGACUUUGGAAUUUUUGUCGCACCGAAAGAUAUGAAUUCGUCCAACGUAAAUUCUCUCAGCACUCCAGCUCUUGAGAAAUGCUUCCAUUCGCCAAAUACCCACAAUGAUAGGGGAACAGUUCUGAGCUGGAAUGAAGCUGUUUCUGAAAUUACAAGUCGGAAUUACAAACGAUACGACUUUGACGCCUGUUCUUCUUUCCGUCCCCCACACACGGGGAUAAGAGCACUGGUUAUGCUUGCCGAUGAUUUGACCGUGAGUGAUGGGGGCAAUGCAUCAGUUCUCACCGUUGAUCGUGACCAAACCUUCGUAGACAACACUGUGUACGCUGGUCCGUUUGCCUUUGAAAGUGCGGGGGAUGGUGCUUCUGUACAGUGUACGCGUGAAGAGAACUUCCCUACGUACGAGAGCUUUGAUAGCCUUACUGGACACAACUACACGGUCCAUGAGUGCCUGGUGAUCAAGGUUGGUGAGCACUGUCAGUUGUUAUAUAGCCCACCUAUAUGCAUUGCAAUUGCGCUUACCGCAUUUGUGAAGGUCUCUGCCAUGUUUCUGGCCGCUCGGGUGGGCCGCAACCGAUCUCCGCCCCUUUUGACUGUUGGUGAUGCCAUCUCAUCGUUCAUCUCAAGGCCGGAUCCAACGACAAAAGACCUAUGCUGGCUGUCAAGCAAACAUGUCCGCAAAGGGACCUGGACUGGAACGCACGGAGAAAAUUCCACUCCUAUUUACAAUUCGCUCUCAAAACCGCAAUUCUGGUCGCGAGCAGCAACUCGAUGGAGAUGGAUUGCAACUCUAUUUUCAUGUUUCCUAACCCUAUUUACUGGAAUCUUUCUGUUUGUUUUCAGCUUGGGGGGAGUCGAUGGAAAGUGGAUUUCUGAAAGCCAGUUUGAGAAUCUUUUCUCAUCAGAUGUGGAUGAAAGCGACUAUGGGACUAUUGGUGUUGGUGUCGAAGACAUGCUAAAAGCUGUGGUACUUGCCAACGUACCGCAACUCGUGGUUACCAUCUGCUACUACUGCUAUAACGCAGUACUGACCAGUAUGCUAGCUGCUUCUGAGUAUAGCUCCUACGGAAUCGAACGCAAGGCGCUUCGUGUCACUUGGCCCAUCAGCAAUAGCCAACAGCGAUCGACAUAUUGGCUCAGCAUUCCCUACCGCUACAGUGUGCCUGUUCUUCUCCUAUACAUGACCCUCCACUGGACAAUUUCUCAAUCUAUCUUCUACCUGCAAAUAAUUGGAUACACACCGCAGGACAAAGAAGGAUGGAGAACCAGUCAGCUUGGUUACUCCCCUGCUUUCAUCCUCUUCUCGGUCGUGGUUGGGGCUGUCAUGAUACUUGCAUUGUGUAUAUUGGGACUCAGGCGACUCAAGUCAAACGCUCCAUUGGCUGGAUCUUGUUCUGCUGCCAUCAGUGCCGCCUGCCAUGCACCCACCCAUGAGAGCCUAGAUUCUGCAAUCCGGAGCAAAUUGAAGUGGGGUCAGACCACUGGCCUGUCGGUCGGGUCGAUCGACUCCGAGGGAGAUGAACCGGAGAAGGGACAUUGCAGCUUCACGUCAUUGGAUACUGUGAAACCCACCCUGACCAAACUAUACGCUUGA